CGUUGGCCGGCAGCUCACUGUCCGGAGAUAACUACAUAUUUCAAUUACCAAAUUGGCGCAGUAGUAAAAAGUUAAAAAUAAAAAAAAAACAUCGCAAAACAAUUUAAUAAAUGUCAAGUAAAAUGGCGACUUCCAAAUUUUACUCUGUCUAUUUGAAUAAAGCUACAGUAUUAGCGUUGGCUAUAUGCUUUAUAAUGCUACCGACGGCGGAAAGUGUUGGCGAAAAUGUAGUUUUGGACUUUUUUGAACAAUUACGUGUACGCAUGUGCCAUCCGAUACCGCAGUUGGGAUUACCUGCUUUGGAUCCUCUUCAAAUCACGCAUGUCGAGGAGGAAAUCAAUAAUAAAUAUUUGAUAGAUUUCACAGGCUCUGUAACGGAUUUUAAGAUUACUGGCCUCUCGGAUUUUAGCUCUGUAACGGAUUUUAAGAUUACUGGCCUCUCGGAUUUUAUCAUAAAUGAGCUCAGAAUUUCUACAAUAAGGAAAUCUAUUUUCAAUAUCACCCUACCAAUGACGGCACUACAAGCUAUUUAUGCAGCUAAAGGGUCAGUGGCAUAUAUAGUUAAUUUAGCCGGCGAUGGCGAUGCUGAAGCUCAUCUAAAGGAUUUGAGUUUAAGAAUCUCAUUUAAUUUAAAAUCUGGAAAAUAUCUUGGCAUACGAAAUUUGAGCAUUAAGAUCACAGUUGGUGAGCUUUACAUCGAUUUUGAAAAUUUACUUGAAGACGAGCGGAUAAAUGAUUUCUUCCAUGCAUUGGUUAACGAACUAGGCCUGGAGCUUUUGACAGAUCUAUGGACAUAUGAACAAGGUUUUUUGGAGGACUAUAUUCAAGAGAGCGUCAACAUUCAUAUUGGUCAAUAUACGUUAAGCGAUAUUAUUAAAAUAAUUGGUGGUAGUGGUGAUGGCGAGCCAAUAUUUGGUAGCGGGCCACCAGGUGACUGCAGGGAAAACGCAACUUUUAAUGCUUCCACAUAAAAAUAAGCAUCACAACACUGAAAAAGCUUGGUACCGAAGAGUUAGUGGCGUUAUAAAUACAUAAUUGUAUAAUACUAAAUACUAUAUGUACUAUAUCACAAUGUGAGAAUGUGUUCUAUCAUUCUUGAAUAUAUACAUAUGUUCUAUUUUCGCA